UUUUAAGUUUCCGAUAAAACCCUUCGAUCCUCCCUUCGCUUACAUUUUGCUCCUGCUUUUCAUAUCCCUCCCGCCGCCGUACUCAUCCGUAACUACGAUGGCUUCAGAGAGGAAGCAAGCGAAUCCAAUGAGGGAGAUUAAGGUUCAGAAACUGGUUCUCAACAUCUCCGUUGGUGAAAGUGGUGAUCGUCUUACCCGCGCUGCCAAGGUUUUGGAGCAACUGAGUGGCCAGUCCCCUGUGUUUUCCAAGGCAAGGUACACUGUGAGGUCGUUUGGGAUUAGGCGUAAUGAAAAGAUUGCAUGCUAUGUCACUGUUAGAGGGGAUAAGGCAAUGCAGCUCUUGGAGAGUGGUUUGAAGGUCAAGGAAUACGAGCUUUUGAGGCGCAACUUUAGUGAUACCGGCUGCUUUGGUUUUGGGAUUCAGGAGCACAUCGAUCUUGGUAUCAAGUAUGAUCCAUCGACCGGUAUCUAUGGUAUGGACUUCUUUGUCGUUCUAGAACGCCCAGGAUACCGUGUUGGCCGCCGCCGUAGGUGCAAGGCCCGUGUUGGUAUCCAACAUAGAGUUACAAAGGAUGACGCAAUGAAAUGGUUCCAGGUGAAGUAUGAAGGAGUUAUCCUCAACAAAUCCCAACAAAUUGGAGCAUAGACUUCUUUACGGUAAGCGUUUUCUAGCGGUCUUAACUUUGAAUCCGUAUCUUGAUUAGGCUCACCGGAGAUUUUUACAUUCAUUUUGUUUUCGCUGGUGAUCUUCUCUUGUUAUAGUAGUUUUUUUAGGCAAGAUAUCAUGGAACCUUCUCUGUUUUUGGUCAGAUGUUUUUUGUUAGUAUCUUUUGACAUGCAGAUUUGAUUUUGUUGGUGUUAUAUUUUGCAUCAUGAUAUGAGAGAUACGAUUUUACCCUACCUGCUGGUGUGAUAUACACCGGUUUGGGUCCGUUUAUCUUAGAGAUACAUUUUU